AUGCGCGGCAGCAAGCUUCUCCUCGCAGCUUUCCUUGGGACUGCACACGCGGCGACCCUCAACCGUCGCGCUCAGUGUGCUUCCACUCUCAGUACAGCAACGACUGUAGCGAACCAGCUCCAGACGCGUUACGAUGCCAGUACCGGCAACUACAAUGAUGGCGAGCUGUGGACAGACGCGAAUGCCGUCGAAGACUUGCACAACCUGAUGUUGGCCGCGGGCACAACAACCUGGGGCAGUGUCGGUGAAACUUCGCGUAUUGGUAGGGCGGCGCUCAACUCCGGAACGGACUGGAGCAGCAUCGUCGCGGGCAGUUGGGACGACAGUCAGUGGAUCAUUCUAGCCCUGUGGAAGAUCGCCGACUAUCGUGGUGCCCAUGGCCAAGACAUCACGCCGUACAUGAACGCCGCUAGUACACUCUACAACCUUGUCGCGGCCCAGUGGGACAGCACCUGCGGUGGUGGAGUUUGGUGGUCAAGCGCCCGCGACUACAAAAACGCCAUUACCAACGAGCUCUUCUUGCUCACCUCUGCAUCUGGCUAUCUCAGGACGAAGAACGCGGACUACCUGACCAAUGCAAAGAAGACGUGGGCGUGGUUGGAGGGCUCCGGCAUGCGCAAUGCGCAGGGACUCUUCAACGACGGUCUCACUACCUCCACCUGUGCCAACAACGGCCAGACGACUUGGACGUACAAUCAAGGUGUCAUCGCAUCCGGCUUGGGCGCGUUGUAUGCUGCGACCGGCAACGCCACUCUGCUCGACCAAGCUGAAAUCACUCUCGAUGCGACUAUUGCGCACCUUACGACAAACAACAUUCUCAAGGAGUCGUGCGACAAUGCUGUCGCUGGGGGAGCACAGUGCAACCAUGACCAGCAAAUGUUCAAGGGCAUCUGGACGAAGCACGUUCAGUACUACCUCGACCAGGCCAACUCUGCCACCCGUUCGGCGAAGUAUGCUUCCUUCCUCGACUCCCAAGCUUCUGCGGCGCUCCACUAUGGCAAGAACGCCGCUAACGACGUCGGCUCUGUGUGGUAUGCUCCUGACCAGGGCGGAUCUGUCUUCUCGCCUGAGGCGUCAACGAGUGGUCUGGCUUGCUUCGUGUCGGAUGCCAAGUACGGCCAAUGCUCUGACGGAACGACCACCACCACGACCAAGGCGACGACAUCUACCGUCACCGCUCCUGCUACCACGACCACAGCCGCUAGCGGAUCUUGCUCCGGCGUUGCCGCGUGGGCUAACAACGUCGCGUAUACCGGUGGCCAGCAGGUCACAUACAACGGCGCGCUCUGGCAGGCCGCGUACUGGACCUACGACGAUAUCCCCGGCGGCGCGGCUGGCGUAUGGACCAAGGUCAAGACUUGCUAG